UUAUGUAAUGUAUUGCCAACCUUGUAAUGCAAGAUCGUUGUUUACAUUUUAUCAUCGCUGUUCGCUUAGUGAAGUGUAGGACAUUUUACCACCUAUUUUCUCAUGGAAUAGCUUUUCUUUUUCUCUCAACCUUAGAAUUAUGUCUCAACGAUUCGCAAUGGAAAUACGAAUGCUUGUCCCGAACCUCCAGGCUUGCCCCUGCAGCUCCAAGUUUCAAGCAGAUCCUCUUUGGUCAUUGAAUUUGCUGAGACAGGUGAGAAUUUAAACAAAACUUCCUCUCUUCUAGCAAGAACUUCGGUCGUUUCCUGGCAAAUCAUUCUACUGGUAAAUCACUGGUAAAUCCCGGACCUCCAGGCUUGCCCCUGCAGCUCCAAGUUUCAAGGAGAUCCUUUUACGUCAUUGAAUUUGCUGAGACAGGUGCCAAAGCAAUGGAUCCAGCAGAUGCUGACAGGAUGAUCGAUCUUCGACGUCUAGGCAUGCCAUGGUCAAAAAUCGGGCAGAGGUUUGGAUUAACCAGGAAGCAAAUUGGCAGAUACCGGCAACGCUUUGGACUGCAGGAGCCUAAUGUGCGUGUCACUGAUGAUGAGUUGGAGUCAAUUGUUCGUCAUCUGUCCUCUGAGAAUCCAACUUGGGGUUCUGUAACCCUCAAAGGCUUACUCCUUGCCAUGGGCAUCAAUGCCUCGGAGAAAAAAAUUCGAGCUGCACUGCAAGUUGUUGACCCCAUAAAUGUUGAACUGCGAAGAAGGAGAAGGUUAACACGAAGAACAUACUACAGUCCAGGAUCUAAUUUCCUAUGGCACAUGGAUGGUCACCACAAACUCAUAAUGUAUAAUUUUAUAAUACACGGGUGCAUAGAUGGAUACUCCCGAAAACUGAUAUACUUGGAAUGCUGUUGCGACAACCUGGCAGCAACUGUGCUCAAAAUCUUUAAGGAAGGAGUGUCUCGCUCCGGUCUACCCCACAGAGUUAGAGGAGACCAUGGGGGCGAAAAUGUGGAAGUAGCUAAUUUCCUUGCAGAUUGCUAUGGCGAAGAGGGCAGAUACAUAUUUGGCACAAGCACGCACAACCAACGGAUUGAACGUAUGUGGCGUGAUGUCGGUGAGAAAGUAGUUAGUCCAUUAAAAGAUCUGUUUAUAACUAUGGAAGAAAGCGACAUCCUGGAUAUAAACAACGCCUUGGAUGUUUUCUGCCUUCAGUAUGUCUACCUUCCAAGAAUCCAAGAAAAGCUUGAUUUCCUUACAGAAGCGUGGAAUAACCACCGUGUUCGGACAAUGGAUUCCACUCCAAACCAGGCAUGGGAGGACGAUAUGCAAUCACAGCAAUUGCAUGUCUACACUACAAGCAGUGUGAACAUCAAUCGCUCUGAAGACUCAGCCAUCACCUAUAUUUCUCGGAGUUCUUACCUGCAAUCUAUUCCACGCAAUUCUCUUCGGGUAUGGAUUCAAGAAUCUAUUGCACUAAUACCCAACCCUUUGGUUGAAGAUGGAAGAAAUGGCGUCCAACAUUUUUUGAAUCUAAGAGCUCACCUCAGUAUCUCUGCAAUCUGAUGAAGUUUUUAUAGGAGAUCAACUCAAAUCAUGUUUAUUAGAGGUGUUGUCAGCUAAGUUGACGGUUGCUUACUUUCGGUUUGCAGGCGUUUUCGCAUCACUACUAUCCUCAUGAAAAUAUCUGACUCUCUCAGAAGCAAGAACACAAGCUUAGAUAAGUUUUUUAAUUCUUUCAAACCUUGUAAUACUUUAAUUUUUAGCCACACAGAAUAGAAUAGAAAUCACUUUAUUUGUUAAAAAUGCGCAAGAAGAUAAACAAACGGGUCAACUUAGAUUAAACUUAAUACUAACAUUCAAAAUUAGAAAAAUGCAUAAUAGUUAAAUUAGACAAUUCUUCGAGUGAAUUAGAUUGAAUAAACUUCUACACCAGUUCUCUAACUGCGUAGAAUUCUUUCUCCACUAGGAAUUCAGUGAUCAAUUUUGAGAAUUUUUGCAUUUCUGUGUUAUCAUCAAUUUUUAAAUCCUUUCAAGGAAGUGCAUUGUAACACAGUAAACAUUGCUUUACAUACUCGUUUUCUCUUGGUGUUAUGAACUUAUUUUUAUUUCUUGUGUUAAAAUUGUGCUGAUCUGAUAAUUUUGUAAUUUGUUUGAAGUUUUCUCGUAUGUAUGUUGCUCUCUUUAAAAUUACCAUUGCUGGAAAUGUUAGUAAUUUAUGUUUCCUAAACAACUCAUGGCAUGAAUCUUCAUUCUUCAUACCGAAAAUAAUUCUCAUCGCUAUCUUUUGCAAUUUAAAAAUUCUAUCAACUAGUUUAUCUGAGCAAAAUGACCAUGUAGAUAAACAAUAAUUCAUAUUUCCUUCUAUAAAUGAAUGAUAAAUUUGCAUAAGUUAGCUGUGUUGGCAAAAUUUUUUAAAGUAUCUUAGCACAAAGAUCCCUUUACUAAUUUUGCUUAUGCAGUUUUCAACGUGUACACUGAAACGCAGGUCAUUAUCUAUCCAAACACCCAGACAUUUAAGUACUUCUGACUCCUCGAUCCUUGUUCCACCAAUAAACAUGUCACUUGUUGCGUCAAUUUUAUUAGUGACUAGGAUAAAUUUGAUUUUUAUUUCAUUUAUAGCCAUGCCAUUAAGAUCAUGCACAGAAAUCACAACCACAUAAAAGUCGCAAAUUAUAACUAAUAAGUAGUUUCUUUACGAUACGAUCAUGAGACGGAUGUUUUCAGUGCGGAUAGCAGUGAACGCCGCUUUGUUCAGAGGCCCAAAAUCGUCGUUGGCGUCGUUGGCAAACCGAAAGUAAACAACCGUCAACUUAGCUGACGACACGUCUAGUACAUAGCAUCCUUUGUUUCUUUGUUUUUUUUAAGAUAAAAUGUGUGUGUCUUUCUUUUUGGUCCCUAAAACAGUCUUGAAUCAGCAUUUACAGUUUAAGACAGCUGGUCCGCAACUCUUGUUGAUCGAAUGAAGUUUGAUUUUGAAAUAAGUCUUACAAUUGAAUCGGCUCGUGCGAAAACCGCUAAUGUCCAGUUUAUUACUGGGAGUUUUGUGAUGAAACUUAUUUUAAGUAUCGCAAUCGUCCGGAAUUUUAUUUUUUUAACUUUAUAUGAAUGAUAAUCUACCACUUUAACAUCUUCAGAAUGAAUUUUGAUAAAAUCAAAUGGCUCCAAAACUCGACGAUUUUUACGUAUCAUGCGAAAACCGCUAAUGUCCAGAGUCCUUACUAUAAACUUACUGUAAAACUUACUGUAUUUUUGUACCUUUACUAUGUAUAAUUUGUACUUGAAGCCUAAGAUUUAGGAACAGCAAAUGUUGGGUUCUUAAUUUUGAGACAGUUUUCAAAGCUGUCUACUUUGAUGUGCAGCAAAUAGAGCUCCGCCAAAGAAUUUAUUACAGAAUGAAUCCUCCUCUAAAAAAGGAGCAUCUUCCAAGCACGUAAGUACAAUAGGCAAUACUAACUUUUAUUACUAUUGUAAUGUGCUCAUACACUCGACCCUGAAGAAGAUUAAUAAGCUUUAGGGAAUUAUUUAGCUCAAAAUUUAUUAUUUCAACGAAUUCUAACAACCGCUGCUUUUAGAUAUAACACAGUUUUUUAUUCACAUCUUAAUGAAAAAGUAUGCCAGAAGUCUGAACCUUGGUACCGAUAUUCUUGAAGGUUAGUGGGUUCCAAAAGGCAUUUUCGCUAAAAUUGGCGGAUGUUUGAUAUCUGCUGUUCAUACAGAUGUGGCCUCAUAUAUUUCAUUUAAUUUUAAGAUAACAUGUUUGUACCUAGUGUCCCAUUGUGUAAAAGACUACCUGUUAUAGUCCUACUUAGCUAAUCUUCUUAUUCCCACAGAUGUAGCUUAUUCUUUACCCCUAAUUCAAAUGUAUAUUUUGUAUAUUCUGAAGAAAUUUAAAUUAAAAAAAUUUUGGCAGAUA